GUUAAGGUACAUUUUCCCAAUAGUCCCAAGUCUAAGUGGAUAUUGGCAGAAUAGACCUUUGCGGAUGACAACCUGGGAUGUGUUCAGAUAUAUCCAGAGGUCUUGGAUUUGUGCAGAGUUUUCAUAUCUCAGACCAGACAUCUAGGCAGAAAACUAUCAAGCCCAUGCACCAUGAGCCAGUCAGGCCUUAUUUCAUGAAAACAAAUCCAGUGAAUUAUUCAGAACAAUCAAGAGUGAAUGCAGGCUGGGUGAGGCUUUGCUGGGUGUGUGGUUGCAAAACUCUGAGAGAUUUGGUUUCCUCUCGUGUAGAAUGAAGAUAAAUGACAACAACCUGGCAGAAAUGUGACCAGGGAAGCUGUAGCCCAAGCUAGUGUCUUAACACCAGUCACUUAACUCAUGAACACCCGAGCACUGGGCAGGCUUGAGGGAGUAAGCAAAGGUGGUUGAAUCUGAGUUUCUAGCCUGGGGAUGUUUCGGUGAAGCGUAUAUAUUUGGGGCAGGAAGAAAAAAGGAGCAGGAAAGAUGGUGGGGUUGUACCACCGAGGGGCUGGGCUGACUUGUUUAGGUCAGAGUUAACCGUCUUUGUGUUUCUCAGUGGAAUGAAAUGUUUUCCAAAUUUGGACAAAGCUGAGUAGCCAAUGGGCUGCUGCAGUGAGUCCUCUGCAAAUGAGCUCAAGCAAAGUUUAUUGUUUACUGUGUCCUGGGCAUGUGAGCAGGGCACACAGUGCCUCCCUUUGUGGAUGCCACAGACAUUCCACAGAAGAACCAACGUCAGAGCUGUGCUGGAGGACAGGGUGCCGGUAAAACUCCAACAAGCACGUAUAUGGGGCACGUAUGGGGAUGAGCAGGUGGGCGAGGUUUCCUUUGAGGAAGGUCACAUUAGGCAAGACUGAGACGUUAAGGAGUUUGGGGGAUGAGAGAGAGAGAGAGAGAGAGAGAGAGAGAGAGAGAGAGAGAAUGAGAGAGCAAGAUGAUACAAUGACUUGUGAGAAGGCCCGAGGCUUCGGAACGAUGGAACUCACUGGAGGAACUCACUCAGGCCAGUGAGGGACAACUGGCAGAGUGUUGGAAAGAGGUCAGAGAGGAAGCUGUGCCCUGGGAAUCACAGACAAGAGGUUUAUAGGAGGAUCCCUUGAACAGAUAAGGCAGAUCAGACUUGAGAGGAUCAUGACCUUGGAAGGAAAAUGAACUUGAGGAGGUCAGGCUGGAGGUGGGCAGGGGACACUCAUGGGGAAGCAGGGACACCCUGCUUGGGCCAGGGGGAGAAAUGGGGGUGGCCAGGAACUAGGUACUGGCCACGGAUAUGGAUUUGAGAAAAGUCUUGAACAUUUCUGGUGCAUUGGAGGUAGACUGGGUGGGAACAUGGACUGUGUAGUGGAAUGACCCUCCAGUUUCUGGCGGAUGUAAUUGAGUGAACCAAGGUGUCCUGCUGAGAUGGGAACAUACAGGUAGGGAGGGGCUGGAGGAAGCCCCAGUGCUCCAGGGUCUUCCUUCAGAGACCAUAACAUCCAUCUUUCCUAGAGCACACUGCAGCCUGGCAGGGAGGGGACUGAAUGGUGUAUCCAGGCCAUGCAUACUUGUAAAAUACUAACAAGCCACAGGGUGCUGUCCAUUCAGCUUGGGCAGGGCCAGAGUCCUGGAACUGGUCCUGGAAGCUCCUGAUGCCCAGUAGUAACCUCUCUGUUGCCACACCUAUGUGGUCUCCGGGUGAAGAAAAGCAAAGCAGCUACACCAGGGGCUUUUCAAAGACUCUUGCCUGAUGGUAUUCACCAACUGUCAUGAGUAGUCUCAGUAGUGAACAGCCAUGCAUAGGGCUAGGUAUUAGUCUUGGCUGUGCCAUACACACUCUCUGCUUAUGGUUUAGAAGUUAGCCAAGCUGGAGAGUAGCAGUUGUUCAUCAAACUAUUGCUGAGUCUGUCCCUCUGUGUGACUCCCUGCAGGGUGGGUCAGUGGACCUGUACCUGCCCUGUUUCUGUGGCUCUGAUCACGUUGCUUCCUUACUGAUAACUGGGGUGCACCAUCCAGAGGGCAGGGCAGAGUCUGCUGGGAUUGUUUUUUGUAAGCUUUCACUUUCAAAUGGUGCAGGAGUCAGAGAAGGGUGGAUUCUCCUGUUUGGGAGUGCUUAGUGGGGGCCCAGGACCCUGUUUUGGCUCAGACUCCUGCAACCUGUUCAGGUUCUGCUUCCCCACUCAUCUGGGAACCACCUGCCUCUCAGGCAAGAAGACCCUAUGGCACCCAACGUUGGAAUUGAAAGCAGGGUUUGGGGCUCAGAGCAGCUAACUGCAAGUGCAAUCUCUGAGAGCAGAUUUGGGGUCUGCUGAGAUCUCACACUACUGAGUUAGAGACAUUCCAGAAGUCUCAGCUUUCUACACAGGUGUUCUCCUGCCUCCUGCUGUGUGUCUCCCCAGCCCUGAGGAAAUGGAGGAUUGCCGCAGAGGCUCUUUGCUCUCCCGUCUCACCUCCCUGCUUCUCUUCUUCCAGUUGCCUGCUGGGGGGUCUGCAGAGGAGUUUGUGGUGAUUGGCCCCUCGGACCCCAUUGUGGCAGUGCUGGGUGGGAACGUCACGCUGCCCUGUCAUGUGUCCCCAGCCAUGGAUGUGGAUAACAUGGAGCUGCGGUGGUUCCGCUCCAAGUUCUCAGAGGCAGUGUUCAUCUAUGAAAACCAGCAGGAACAGAAAGAAGAGCAGCUGGCUCAGUACACAGGGCGGACCUCGCUGGUGAAGGACUUCCUCAGCCAGGGGGAGGCCACUGUGCGUAUCCACAAGGUCCAGGCUUCCGACAAUGGGCUGUAUACCUGCUUCUUCAGAAAGGGAAGUUUCUAUGAAAAGGCCAGUUUGGAGCUGAAGGUGGCAGGUGUGGGCUCUGUCCCUCAAGUGCACAUCACAGGGCCAGAGGAGGACGGGGUCCGAGUGGUGUGCACGGCCUCGGGAUGGUUCCCAAAGCCCCAGAUACAGUGGAGAGCUGCUAAUGGGGAAAAGUUCCUGACAUUCUCUGAGACCCAUGCCCAAGACACUGAAGGGCUGUUCAGCGUGGAGUCUGCUCUGGUGGUGAGGGACAGCUCUUCAGGGAACAUGACCUGCUCAGUCCUCAACCCCGUCCUGGACCAGAAGAAGGCGAUGGCCAUUUUCAUCCCAGAGCCCUUCUUCCCCCAGGCCUCUCCCUGGAAGCCAGCUUUCAUAGUGAGCCUCGUGGUGCUGAUGCUCUCACUCCUUGGGGCUGCCUAUUACAUCAAGACAGAACAUACUGUAAAGAGGCAGGAGAUGCAGGAAUGGGAGAGACUGCACAGGGACAAGGAGGAGGCCCGGCAGACAAAGGAGGAGGCGUUGAAGGCCAGAGAUGAACUCCAAGAAGAUCUUGGCAGGAGGAAAUCUAUUUACCUGGGUGGCUGGAGGAAGGCGCAGUUGUAUGCAGAUUGGCGGAAGGAGAAGUUCCAGGCCUUGUCUGUCACUCUGGAUCCAGCGUCUGCACAUCCGCACCUUGCUGUCUCUGGUGGACAGACUAGUGUGACCUUGGAGGACACAACUGAGGACCCCGGAAGAUCCUGUAGCAUCUUGGGCCAGGAGGCCAUCACAUCAGGGCGCUGCUACUGGGAGGUGGAGAUCAAGAAUGGAAACAGAAGCGAGUGGGGUCUGGGGGUCUGUAGGGGAGAUGUGGUGAGGAAAGGCUGGUACAGAGAGUUGCCAGAAGUGGGGUUCUGGGUUCUGGGGUGGUACGGAGGUAAAUUAUAUGCCCUUAUCCUCCCUGAGAGUCAGGAAAUCUGUGAUGAAGUUCCCCACAGGGUGGGUGUUUUCUUAGACCUCAAAGAAGGGGAUGUCUCCUUCUAUAACAUGACUGAUGGAUCUCACCUUUUCUCCUUCCCUCUAACUUCCUCCACUGGGACUCUGUUUCCAUACUUCAUGAUUCAGUCAGGAGAUGUGUCCCUGACCAUCUGCUCUGUGGUGGAUGUGCCUACAGAGACCCCUGUGCCCCUUAAGAAUCCUUCUUCUUCUUUGGAGGAACCUGUAAGCCUCUCAGGGGAUGGGUUCAGCUCAGGCUCUGCUGUUGAUGGUGCUCUCCCAGGGGCCGACUCUCCAUUACUCUCCUAUGGCCCUGAGGCUAUGUGACCAUAGGACCCCUACACUGUCCCAGACUCCUUAUGGUGGCUCUUUCUGGAGCUUCACAUUCCUUGAGACAAAAGCCUCUGAGGUCAGUCCUGGAUGACCUGGUGUCUUGCACUCUUGCUCUGGAUGCAGUCUCCUGGGGUAUGGCUAUGAAAACACUCAGUUCAUGCCUUAUGCUAAGGCAAUAGAAGAUAAUAGUUGACUGAGCUGGUUUAGGGUAGGCUGACUUUAACUAUUAGAAGUAGUGCUUCUUUUGGUAAUGAAAAUUAUUUCAUACAGUCUUUAUUCUGCUUGGAUAUGAAGGAGAUGAGGGCUGAAUGACUCUGCAGAAUUAAAUGGUGUAUAUUUUAUCCAACUUGAGUUGUGCAGAUGAACGCAGAGGCUAUGAGUAGGUCACCAGUUCUAUUUUGGGAAAUGUGCACUCUGACCAGAGACAUUGGCCAUCCAAAAAUUUCUGGAGAAAUGAAUGGCUGAUUGAUGUUCAAGAGGAAAGCAGUCUAAUAUUCUACUGUAUAUACCUCCUAUUCUGGAAUGGUGGAAGCACACUUAUCUUACCAACCUUAGGAAAUAUCUGUUAUUCGUGAAAUACCAGUGCUGUGUUAAUUCAGGAAUUAAGAAGAAGGGUCUGGUUCUUCCUGUGUGUCAACUCCAGUUGGAAAGAAGAGAACUUCUACCAGAAUAAAGAUAUGAAUGAGGAAGA